AUGUAUCACGAUAUAUGGCCCUCUGGCUAUUUUUCCGUCGAAAUUUACAUUCGCCCACAGAACCAGCUGCUCAAUUCACAUCCUCACCUCGGUGUUGACGGUACACCAACCUCCGCAUUUGUCUUCAAAACAAACAGACCACAUAACACGAGAUCCAAUAAAAGAAGUGCCACGGUUGAUAGGCUGUUCGAACACAUAAGAAGAAAUGGAUUGGAAUCUAUGCGCCGUUACAUUCCCCUUUGUUGGAAUAAGACCUAG